CUGUCUCCUCAGCCACAGCCAGCUCACCAUCACCCACGGGCACGGGGCUCGUCCGCACCGCCGGCGCAAUCCAAACCGCACCUCUCGCUCUGCACCGAUCGUGUCGAUCCUCCCCGUCUCUGGCACCUCUCUCGCUGCUGCAUAUCCAGGCCGUCAAUGAAGUUCGGAAAGUACAUCCAGUCACAACAGUCAGAGUGGGGCGGCCCACACUACCUGAACUACAAGGCCCUCAAGAAGAUCAUUCCCGAUGUCGAUGAGUCGACCGAGCCCCACUUCACAACCUUGGCGGCAUCGAAUCCGCCGGGCACGGCACUUGCCCAUCCCGACAAUGAGCUGCAGGCCCUGAAGACACACUUUUUCUUCAAGCUCGAGCGAGAGCUCGAGAAGGUCAACACCUUUUACCUGCAAAAGGAACGUGAGUUCAAGGUGCGGCUGAGAACCCUCGUCGAGAAGAAGCGGAUCUUGGUCGAACGCAAGGGCCAGCCGAGCCAGGGCCUCGUCGACGGUCUGCGCGAGGCCUUCUUUCAGUUCCAGCACGACCUGACCAAGCUGCAGAAAUUCGUCGAGAUCAAUGCCACGGGCUUCCGGAAGAUCCUGAAGAAGUUUGACAAGCGAGCAAAGUCAACAACCAAGGAACUGUAUCUCUCGCGGCAGGUCGAGAUCCAGCCAUGCUUCAACAACGAGGUCCUGACAGAACUCUCGGAUAUUGCCACGGCCAACAUUGCGGACCUGGAUGCCAUCACGGCCAGUGCCUCCGAGUCCGAAAUUGCGACGCAGAAUCCCCUGAAGAAGUAUCCUGGCGAGACAGUCGUGCAUGAGGACCUCGAGACCGAGUUUUCCAAGCUUGUUCUGAACGGGCGCACCGCCGAGGUACAAGAGUUCCUCGAGAAGCGCAAGAGCAACCCUGUGUUGCUGGAAGACACCCAGUUCCUCUCGCGUGUCUUCCUUGCCGUGUGCGCCGACGCCUCGAUGGAGUGCUCCGAUCUCUUGCUGGCGACGACGGAGGUCGACUGCAACCUCACCGACGAUAUCAGCGACCAGACCUCCCUCCAUGAGUCUGCCUCGAGUGGCCGCCUGGACUUGCUCAAGCUCGUCACCACAAAAUAUGAAGGCAACAUCAACGCCAAGGACGUCUAUGGCCGCAAGCCCCUGCACUAUGCUGCCAUGCAUGGCCACGAAGCAUGCGCCCUGUUUCUGCUCGAAUCAGGCACCAAUGUCGAUUCGCUCGACCACGACGGAUGGACGCCGCUCAUCCACGCCAUUGCCGGUGGCCACACCAAGUCUGCUCAGAUUCUGAUCGACCACGAUGCCACUAUCGAGGCCAAGUCGGCGACAUCGCCGAUCCCGCUAUCACUGGCGUGCGAGUAUGGCCAUAAGGACAUUGUGGCACUGCUGCUUGCCAGGGGAGCGACGCUGUUGCCUAACGCCAAUGGCCUCUCGCCUCUGCACCUGACCUCGCGCGAGGGCUUCCACGAGAUCUCGGCUCUGCUCAUCGCCCACGGCGCCGAUGUCGAGGCUCGGGAUGUCUUCAACGGCUGGACACCUGUCUUUUUCUCGGCGAGCGAGGGCCACCUCGAUUGCGUCCGUGUGCUACUCGAGGCUGGCGCCAAGGUCAACGUUAAGGACGAGAACGACUGGCUUCCGUGGACGUUUGCGCUGCAUCGGGGCCACAUUAAGGUUGCCCAGCUGCUCGAGGUGCAAGCCUCGCAAACCGAAGCUGCAGAGCCCGUCAGCGCCACCCAGAGCAAGAAGAUGCUUCCACCCGGUAGCACCAAGAUGGUAGGCAUCGGCAGCAAGACUCCCGGAAGCGGCUUCAUCAACAAGGAACUGACGAUGGACAUUGAGAUGGAAGACAUCCCUGCGCUAUCUCUGCCUCCGCCGAUCAUCCCGUUCAGGAUCUACGGACAUAAUUACCUGGACAAAAAGUACCACCUGCGCAUUCAUUUUAAGAGCUUCUUGUCCAAGGGCAGCGGUGGCUCGCCGAUCAAUCUCUUUGGCUCCCGACAGCUCAGCUCGCUGAGAAUGAUGAUCACAAGCAAGCCUGAGUGCUCGAUCCCGUACAGCGUGAUUCUCCCGCUCAAGGACGAGACCGAGAACUAUUCGUUCAUGGUCGAUGACCUGUCCUCCUUCUCGCUCCAGUUCGAUAUCUUCCCAACCUUUGGCACCAAAGUUGUGGGACGAGCUGUGGCGCUCCCAAGCCAGCUUGAGCUCGCCAUGCGACAGAGCGUGCACAACGGCAGCGAGUACCAGAAGUGCAUUUGCCCGCUGUUUGAUACGCAUCUGCGUGUCGUGGGCGAGCUUGCCUUUGAGUUUGCUGUCGUCGGCGCAUUCAGCCAUCCGAGUCUGCAGAUCGGCGGCAAAGUUGAAACCUACUGGAAGAGUACCAAGGUCGUCAACAACACAAAAUCCGAGUCAGGCAUCCAGUCGUUCAUUACGGCCUCGUCGCUGGCAGAGGAGUACGUUCAGCUCACGGUGCAGAUCACCAAGGACCUGAUCCCGGUCGUCUAUCCGACGUGGUUCCUUCCCUCGCCUUCGGAAGACUAUCUCCUUGCCAUUUCGAAUGUCACUUACGCCAAGGCCCAGCGGAUCUUCCGCCAGUUUUCGGGCACGUCUGCCGCCGCUGCUGCCACCGCCGGGGAGGGCUCGUCCAAACCUGCGUCCCCGCUCGACACACCCGGACUGGAGAAGCUGUCGAGCACGAACCUGGCCAAGUUGGUGCAUAGCGAUGUGCUAACUCUGGAGCAUGUUCUGCAGAAACUGCCACCAUCUAUCGGCGUGUCCAUCAAUGUCAAAUACCCAACCAUCAGCGAGAUUCAAAGGUACCACGUGACGGAGCUGCUGGAUGUCAACACCUUCGUCGACAACGUCCUUCAAAAGGUAUACGACCACGCCAACCAGCGCUCGAUCAUCUUCUCGUCGUUCAACCCGGCUGUCUGCACAUCGCUCAACUGGAAGCAGCCAAACUACGGUGUCUUUUUCGCGACCCGUUGCGGCUACCGCGACGACUCGAGUGUCUCGGCCGUCGGGGGCGUCACCGACCAGCAGCAGUUGGCCAGCAACGUUGACGAAGAGGAGGAAGACGAGAUGGACAUUCGCUGCCUGAGCAUCAAGCAGGCCGUCAAGUUUGCCAAAAGCAGCAACUUCCUGGGCGUGAUCUGCGAGGCUCGUCCAUUGGUCCAGAUUCCCAUCCUGAUCAACACCAUCAAGGAAAGCGGCCUGAUUCUGGCGACCUUCGGCAGCUGCAACAAGAGCCUGGACAAUGUCCGGCAACAGGAAAAGAACAAGGUCGAUGCCAUCAUCGUCGACAAUGUCUUCCGAUACAACGUUACGGCAUAGUGCCCGCGCUGACGGCGCCAUGUCUGUGCGCAGACUCGGUCUGCUCCGAGUUUGCCGCCUGCCUUCGAACUAAUACACAUCAUUCCAAUAAAUAACGGGACACCUCGCAUUUUGAUCGUUGAACAAAUAUUUUGUCGCCUCAAUACAUCGCGCACUGGCCAUGACCAUUCAGUGAUUUGGAUCAAGGACGCCAUUGUAGGCAUCGCUCCUGCCCAAGGGCAGAACCUGACCCGGCG